AUUUGCUUCUGAUCAAUGGGUUCCAAAACGUGGGUUUCAUGGCAUCAGGGUAUAGCAUGCGAUUUUGGAUCCGGCAUCAUGGAGCCUGGGCAUGCGGAUUUGGAGCCCGAAUAGCUACUGCCGAAUGAGAGGUGGUCACAUUUAACGAUUAAGCGAGGAACAACAAUAAUUGCUACAUCCAUGUACCUAUUCCUCCAGUAUGUUGGACUGCCGCGGUGAAAGUGUGUUUGAGGGAACUGUGAGCGCAUAUAAAAAGGUUUUAUGAUGUUUGGACAUUGCUAUUCUGAGGGAGGAGCAUGAGCCUGAAGCCCUUUUUGAGUCGGUGAACCAAAUGCAAAAACUCUUGAGAUGGUGGACAGUUGAAUUCGAAUGAACAAAUGCGUGCCUUGUUUUAACUCAAAUUUGGGUUUUGCUGCCGACAAGUACUGUGACAACAAAUGAAUGUAACACUCGUUUUUUUUUUGUAACCUCCAUAUUGUGGAAGGAAAUUAAUGGUACCUUCCCUCUUCCCUCAAUGGGAAUACCGCCUCAGCUUCAUGCAAAGCAAAGAUGUUAGCACCGAAGCCUAAGAAAAUGAUGAAGAAACUAGUUGCAUUUUCUCGGCCUGCGAUAGCAUUCCAACUCCAAUGUCGCAAUUUGCACCCUCAUUUCAGCUCUUACGUUGAGACAGCAAAGGAGUAUUCCUUUGGAAUUAGCAAUAGCAAUAACAACAAGGUUGUUGUGCUAAAACUCUGCAAACAGGGGCGACUGAAGGAUGCUAUCAAUUUAGUACAUGUGAUGAUGAAGCAAGAGAGUGGUGUGGAUUGCGAUAUAUUUUCUUGCCUUUUGACAGCGUGUAGGAAUAAGAAUGCUCUGGAAGUAGGCAAGUUAGUUCAUGCCAUGAUCAGAGAGGCGGGCAUGGAAAUAGAAACAAGAGGUUAUGUUGGAAACAAGCUGCUCAGCUUCUAUGCCAAGUGUGGGAGUGUUGCAGACGCGCGAACACUUUUUGACAAAAUGUCUCAAACAAGUUCGGUUUCAUGGACUAUAAUCAUCUCUGCAUAUGCCAAGCGCGGGUUUUGUGAGCAGGCAUUGCAAUUGUAUGAUGAAAUGCAAAGGAGAGGUAUUCAGGCCGACAAGUACACGUUUGCGAGUCUUGUUCCUGCAUCCAACUCCUACCGUGUUCUCCAAAUGCUUCAUCAACACAUAAUUGAGGCUAAGGUUGAAUCUAAUGUCUUUGUGGCUACUUCCCUUGUGGAUAUGUACUCGAAAUUUGGCAGAAUCGAGGAUGCGCGCCAUGUGUUUGACAAAAUUCCUCAACGGAAUGUAGUCUCCUGGACUGCUAUGAUCGCAGGAUAUGCACAGAAUGGUAAAGUAAACGAGGGUAUGAAGCUCUUUGAAAAAAUGCCAUUUAGAGAUUUGGUUUCUUGGAAUAUGAUGGUUGGGGUUUUUGGACAAAAUGGUUGCGUAAAGGAGGCUCUCAAACUAUUCGAAGAAAUGCCAGAACAAAAUGUGAUAUCAUGGACUACAAUGAUUGCAGUAUAUGCCCAUAAUAGCUUUAUUAACGAGGCUCUCAAGCUGUUCGAGAAAAUGCCAGCAAGUGGAAGAGAUGUCGUAGCGUGGAGUGCUAUGAUAGCAGGAUGUGUGCAGAAUGGACGUUUUGAUGAGGCUUUGAAGCUCUUUGGGGAAAUGAAGCGGACAGGCAUUACUCCCAAUGUGAUCACUUUUGCUGGUGUUCUCCCAGCUUAUGCCAACUUGGCAACCCUGCAAAAUGGGAAGAAACUCCAUGGAGAAAUCAUUAGAAGGGGAUGCCACUCUGAUGUUUUUGUGGGGAGUGGCCUUGUUGAUAUGUAUGCCAAAUGUGGUAGCAUAACUGAUGCACGCGAAGUGUUUGACACGAUUCAAGAACCAAAUGUGGUUGUUUGGAAUGCAAUGAUUCUAGGGUACGCCAUGCACGGAUGUGGCAAGGAGGCCAUCCAUCUCUUUGAACAAAUGCAAUCUUCGGGCACAAAACUAAACCAUGUAAGUUUUGUAGCUAUUCUCUCUGCAUGCUGCCAUGCAGGCCUGGCUGAUAAUGGCUGGCAAUACUUUGCUUGCAUGGAUCAACAUUAUGGCAUCACGCCACACGCACAACACUUCUGCUGCAUGGUUGAUCUUCUUGGUCGUUUGGGACGCCUGGAUGAUGCAUUGGUUUUUAUUGGCAAAAUGCCAAUAAAGCCUGAUGCUGCUAUAUGGGGAUCUUUACUUGGUAGCUGUACAAUGCAUAAGAAUAUAACGCUUGGGCAAUAUGCAGCCGAACAUCUCUUUGAGUUGGACUCUGACAACUCUACAAAUUAUGUGCUGCUGUCAAAUAUGUAUGCAGCAACUGGCAGGUGGGAUGACAAGGAAAAGGUAAGGGAAACAAUGAAAGAUAGGAAAUUAAAGAAGACACCAGGACGUAGUUGGAUUGUGAUCAAGGACAAAGUUCAUAGUUUCCUAGCAGGAGACAGGUCACAUCCACAGACACAGGAUAUAUAUGCCAGGUUGGAGAGUUUGGCUGGGCAACUGAAUGAAGCAGGUUUUGUGCCUGACACAAACUUUGUUCUGCAUGAUGUGGAGGAGGAGCAGAAGCCACACGCUCUCCGCUACCAUAGUGAGAAAUUGGCAAUUGCAUUUGGGCUUAUCAGUACAUCUCCUAGUACAACUAUUCAGGUUGUGAAGAACAUCCGUAUCUGUGGUGAUUGCCAUAUGGUUAUUAAGUUUAUUUCCAAAAUGGAGAAACGCGAGGUCAUUCUUAGGGAUGCCAAUCGAUUCCAUCAUUUCAAGGACGGAGAUUGCUCGUGUGGUAAUUAUUGGUGAUGCUAAGUGAAAUAAGCAACAAAUGUGUGCAUAAUAUUGGCCGUGCAUGGAUAGCCAGGGAAUAUUUGUAAUUAUUUUUUCUUAGAAGUUGUAACUUUCCUAACUGGAAAAAUAAUUGCCUUGUGGAAUCUGUGGAAGCAGGGUCUCAUACAUCAAAUCGAUUUUUUGAUUGGCAGUGACAAUAAAUUACCUUUAUACCCUUUUAACUAUUCUCUAAAAUCAAAUUUUGAAUCACAGAGAUAUAGGCAAGGUGUGCUAUGUAACAACAUUGUUAAGAAAAAUAGAGCAGAUAAAUAAUAACACAGAGAAUAUCAGAAUAUGGAGACAGCAAAUUACUUGGUUCACCAGUUCGACUACAUUCAUGGAAAAAACACCUGUUUUAUUAAUUGCAGCAAUACGUCAACACUGUACAGCAUAGCCAGUAUUUCUGAUUGGUACUAAUUUAUUCACACCUAGAUUAAACGCCCAUCGCCCAUUUUAUGGGACUCAUAAAAGGAAAAAGGAAGCGUCCAAAACUUUUCGCAACCAAAAGGAGACGAAAAGGCUGAGAAAUGAAAAUCCAAAACAGGGGAGAUGAAAGGUUUGACGGUUGGACUUCACACAUCCGAACAAACAUAGCAGGGCAUUCAGUGUAAUUUGAAUAUCGCAUAUACAAAAUCAAAGUAACUGAAGUUUCUGUAAUUUGAAGUAAGAGUUCAAUUGUAGAUAAUGUAUGUCGGUCUUUCUUCUAUUUGUCGUGAAACGUUCUUCUAGAGCAUGAUUAUAGGAUUUGAUUGCUUUGAUGCUACUUAGGUAUUUCACAGAUAUGUCACAUUUACUGAUUUUAUGAGUAUGCUUAAUUGGUUGGCAUUUAAGUGGGAAACACUAUCCUUUGAACUUUUGAUUUCAAGUUUAUUUGCAGAUAACUAUCUUGAGCAAUAUUAUAUUGCAUUCAAAUCUCCUCCACGGCAAUUCAAUUAGAUUGGUCGGAUAGCUUGUAGGAACUUGAUGGAUUCUGCCAACGUCUGUUACUUAUUAUCCAAGUAUGCUUCACGGUCGGGAUUCUGGUAAAUCUGCAUUUUCUAGUUGACAUAUAUAUCUGCAGACAAGAAAAUAAUAUGAAUAAGUAGGGGAGUUUGAUAAUUUUGGGAUAAAAAUGAGCUUUCGUAAAAAAAUGAAAAGAUAACCAACAUAUGACGCAGUAAUAGGGCCGGGGAGCAGGCUUCCUUUUGUAUCCCGUGGCUGAGGGACCUUGUAAUGUGCACCGACCAACCUCCCUUCCUCCAAAUGGGAAGACGAUAAUUGUUCCAUGCUUCAUCUGCAUUAUUAGAAGAAGAAGAACCACAGUUAGCGAAUAUGGCAUAUUAGUUUUCUUAUUGUUAGGCAAGACGAGAGCAUGAUGUCUAUGUCACAUUUUAAGUUCUCGUC